GUUAUUCAUUAUAGCGCGUGAAUAAUGAUGCAAGCAACUUUUGUGCAACUUUUUGCAAUAAUUGAAAUAAAAGAGUACUGCGCUUUUCGCACAUUUAAAUAGGUUUCAGAAGUUGUUUGCUCACAUAUGUUCUAUAUCCUUUUCAUUUGGGUUUUCUAUUGAUGAUUUUGAUGUUUCAACAAUAGCAUGUUCUCAAAGCAGCGUGCAGUUCAGGGAAGUCGCAUUGGGUCACAGACAAUGCGAGUGAUCCACAAUGUACAUGCAUUCUUUACGGCAAAGAAGUGGAAGCAGCCGAGAGAAUCCGAAGGAAAUUUCCGGUCCAUCAAUGUUGUCAGAGAGACAAGUGACGCGACUGGCGUAUCAGAAAGAACCGUACAUGCCAUCGUUAAAGAAGGAGCGACCAAGGGAUUCGCUAGUCCGGAACGGAAGCUGUCUGCGGCUGGAGAUGCACCUCCACAUCGUGUCUCGUUGAUGGAUGACUUUGACAUCUGUGCCUUGCGAAGGAUAGUUCAUCGCAAGUAUAUUCAAGGUGAGAACGUGACCCUGGACACACUGAGAGCUGCUCUUUUGGACGAACUGGACAUGGACAUUAGCCGCUCAACGAUACGCCGCAAACUCCUGCAGAACGGUUUCAAGUUCAGGAAGGUCAACCAGCGGAAGAUUCUGACGGAAAGGUCGGAUAUCAUUGCCGCCAGGUGUCACUUUCUCCGAACCAUGAAGAAGAUUCGUGCUGAGAUACCAGUCAGAGAGGUAAUCUACCUAGACGAAACAUGGUAUAACCAAUACGAUAUGAAGACCCAUGCCUGGUUGGACGAAAGCGAGAUCAGCGGCACAAAACCGGUUGUUGGAAAAGGGAAGCGCCUCAUCAUCCUCCACGCUGGCUCUGAACACGGCUUUAUACCUGGAGCCCUUCUCAUCAUGAGGACAGAUGGCAAAAAUGCGGAUUAUCACUCAUCUAUGAACUCUGAAGUGUUUGAGACAUGGUUUCGGAAACUUUUGAAAAGCAUCCCAGAAAACUGCUGUGUGGUAAUGGACAACGCCUCCUACCACUCAAGAGUAGCCUGCAAGACUCCAAGCAGCAGUUGGCGAAAAGCUCACAUACAGGAGUGGUUGGCACAGAACGGCAUCGCCUUCGACCCGAACCUAAGAAAGCCAGAGCUCUUGGAACUGGUGCGACCUCUGAGGAAGAAGAAGCUGUUCUUCUUAGACCGUCUAGCAGCUGAAGAAGGCCACCAGGUCGUCCGGCUUCCUGCCUAUCACUGCGAUCUGAACCCUAUCGAAUUAGUGUGGUCACAGCUGAAGGGGUUCGUCCGUUCCAGGAACACUACAGGCCGGGUGGAUGACAUCGAGCGUCUGCUGCAAGAGGGCAUCCAAGCUGUGACUGCUGAGGACUGGGCUAAGUGCUGCCGCCACGUGAUCGUUCUAGAGAAGAAGUACUGGGAGAAUGACGGCAUCAUGGAAGAGAUUGAGCCUGUCGUGGUCAGCUUGCGUUCCGACUCGAGCAGCGACGAAUCAGCAGAAGAUGACGAUGUCUGAGCAGCGAUGUUCAGCAGUGUCCAGUUUUACAACUGUGAACUUUCAGUCUCACUGCUCUGUGCACUGUGCAGUAUACGAUCGAUCAAAUAUAAAAUUGUUAUC